ACGCAUUAAUCAUUCGCUUAAUAGCUCACAUGAUACUAAAGAAUGGCUUGUUCUUCGCAUUUUUUACCAUUGUGGCCGAAGCGGCAAGAUUCGAGGUGAUAAAUAAUUGCCAGUUCACUGUUUGGGCAGCCUCGUACGCACCCGCCGCGCCUGCAAGUGGAAAGCGUCUAGGCCAAGGCGAGACGUGGACCUUGAUCGCGAAUCCAGGCACAAGUAUGGGUCGGAUAUGGGGUCGGACCAACUGUAGUUUCGAUGCUUCUGGACGACGAGGUAGAUGCGAGACGGGUGACUGCAACGGUGUCCUCGAGUGCAAUUCUCACGGUGAAGCACCGAAUACUCUGGCCGAGUACACGCUCGGUGGGGAGUCUAGGGACGUUGGAAGUCUAGACUCCAUUGACAUUUCUUUGGUCGAUGGAUUUAAUCUCCCGCUAGAGUUCGGUUCCUCGUCUUCACAGUGCAGUCAAGUAAUCAGGUGUGCAGGAAAUAUAAUAGGGGAAUGCCCUACGGAGUUAAAUAUGAAAAAUGCAUGUAAUGGACCGUGUGCGGUGUUCAAGACAGAUGAGUAUUGUUGUACUCCUCGUUCUAACACGUGUCAGCCGACCACUUACUCUAAAUUCUUCAAACGACGUUGUCCCUAUACCUACAGUUACCCCCAGGAUGAUACCAGUGCCACAUUCACUUGUCCCGCUGGAACCAACUACACUGUCAUUUUCUGCCCAUGAUCAAUAUGUCAAUGUUCCAUUUUAUUUUUCGUUUAUUAUGGUCAGGGCGAAUGCAUUUGUUCAUUGUUUCAUCUUUCUCCAGAUUAUAUUCAAGGACCAUUUGAUUUUAUGAAUACAACAGAGAAAUCUGGACAUCCAAUGCUCCCAUGAAUCGAGGGCAUCUGCUGCCUUUUGCAAUCUAAAACAAAGAAUAUUCUUCCCGUCUUCCAUCCCCAA